UGUGGAAAGAGUUUUUCACAUCUACAAUAUUUGAAAGAACAUCAGAAAAUACAUACUGGUGUGAGAGAGUACAUGUGCUUUGAGUGUGACAAGACUUUUACUUCAGCAAACUGUUUAAAACUGCAUGAGAGGAUCCACACUGGAGAGAAACCGUUCAAGUGUUCACACUGUGACAAGAGAUUCAGUCAGUCAGGAGCUCUGAAAACACAUGAGAGGAUUCACACUGGAGAGAAACCAUAUAAAUGUUCACACUGUGACAAGAGAUUCAAUCAGUCAGGAGCCCUGAAAACACAUGAGAGGAUCCACACUGGAGAGAAACCAUACAAGUGUUCACACUGUGACAAGAGAUUCAGUCAGUCAGGAGCUCUGAAAACACAUGAGAGGAUUCACACUGGAGAGAAACCGUACAAGUGUUCACACUGUGACAAUAGAUUCAGUGAUUCAGGAGACCUAAAAACACACGAGACGAUCCACAGCAGAGAGAAACCAUACAAGUGUUCACACUGUGACAAGAGAUUCAAUCAGUCAGGAGCCCUGAAAACACAUGAGAGGAUCCACACUGGAGAGAAACCAUACAAGUGUUCACACUGUGACAAGAGAUUCAGUCAGUCAGCAAAUCAGAAAACACACGAGAGGAUCCACACUGGAGAGAAACCAUAUCACUGCACUGCAUGUGGGAAAUUCAGUCAGUCAGCAAAUCAGAAAACACACGAGAGGAUCCACACUGGA